UCGCCCCGGCUCACCAUGCACUGCCACGCCGAGCUGAGGCUGAGCUCGCCCGGCCAGCUCAAAGCAGCCAGGCGGCGCUACAAGACUUUCAUGAUCGACGAGAUCCUCUCCAAGGAGACCUGCGACUACUUUGAGAAACUUUCCCUCUACUCCGUGUGCCCGUCACUGGUCGUGCGACCCAAGCCCCUGCAUUCCUGUACGGGCUCCCCUUCCCUUCGGGCCUAUCCUCUCCUCUCGGUGAUUACCCGGCAGCCCACGGUCAUCUCCCACCUGGUCCCUGCCAGCCCGGGAAUUGCCCAGGCCUUGUCCUGCCACCCGGUCACUGAGGCUGUUUCUGCUGAGGCCCCGGGUGGUGAGACUCUAGCCAGCAGUGAGUCGGAGACAGAGCAGCCCACGCCCCGGCAGAAAAAACCUCGCCGGAGUCGCACCAUCUUCACAGAGCUGCAGCUCAUGGGCCUGGAGAAGAAAUUCCAGAAGCAGAAGUACUUGUCCACCCCAGACAGGUUGGAUUUGGCACAGUCUCUGGGACUCACUCAGCUGCAGGUGAAGACUUGGUAUCAGAAUCGCAGGAUGAAAUGGAAGAAAAUGGUUCUUCAAGGUGGACAGGAAGCACCCACAAAACCCAAAGGUCGUCCCAAGAAGAACUCCAUCCCCACAUCAGAAGAGAUUGAAGCUGAAGAGAAGAUGAACAACCAGACCCAGAGCCAGGAGCACCUGGAGUCCUCCCUGGGGCAGGCAGAGCUCUGUGAAACACGGGAACCGAAAGUAUGCGAUGUCCUCUUAGAGAUGGCAGAGCCACCAGGCCAGCCCCAGGAGUUGCCAGUACCCUCUUCGGAGCCCCCACCAUUAAGCUAAAGUAAAAUUUUUGCAAGGGAGGAGGGAGAGGGGGAAAAAGGGAAAAGAGAGAAGGCAGGGAGAAUAGGGAGUGAAAAGCUUCCAGCAGCCUGGCUAACUGGGGGAGAAGAGAUUCAUCUGCCUGUCUCCCUCCCUCCCACAGUUCCCAGUGGCCUUUUCAUCGCAAGCAUUUAAUGAAGACUUGCUUGUCUUAGGCCUUUCUCUUCCUGAAAGGCUGCUUUAGCCACAGAUGCCCUUGAGUAAGGGAGAUAGCACCUUGGAGGCUGCCUGCCCCGUAUGGGAUAGGGCUGGGGUCUGGGUCUAUGUUGCUAGCCCCAUCCUGGAGUGUCAUGGAGGGUGCCCUUGUUCCCUCCCUGCCAGCCUCGGGGCAGCCAGUCAUCAAAGCAGAGAGACAUAGAGGAGCGUGGGCAGAAUGCCCAGGUUUCUUGCUGACUCAGCACUUAUUUCUGUAGUUUUUAAAGAGACUUUAACGUUUUUGGUUGUUUUGGGAGGGGUGUGGGUGGGGGAAAAGAGUUGGAGGGAGGGAGUUCUGAGUUAUUAGAAAUGAUUCUGAAUCGAGUUUGUUUGAAGACACGUGUGCCUUUGUACCUAUUACAAGAUGGUCAUGUGACCCAAGAACUGAUAAACCUUG